AAUAAAUAAAACAAAAGUAGAUAGGGGCAAAACAUGUUGAGCAUUCCUCUUUAGUACUGAAAUUACUAUGGCUUUGUAACAAAAUGGAAUUCUCUAACUCACUCAGUAUCAUCAAGAAGGACUCUUCUUCAUCUGCUUCUGUUUCAGCUUCAGUUUCCUCUCAGAAUAUGGGUUCUUUCCCAAGUCCAGGAGCACCAUAUUACAGGGACAGAACAAGAAGAUAUGAGAACAACAAAGGAUGGAGCUCAGAGAGAGUAUCAAAGCAUACAAACGGCAACAGUAGCAGAAGACACACCAUGUCUGGUUUAACACCAUUCAGUGGUGGAAGAACAAUGCCUUCAAAAUGGGAUGAAGCUGAGAGAUGGAUUUGUAGUCCAGUUUCAGCAUCAUAUGCUGAUAGUAGAAGAACUUCACAUACUCAACAACAACAGCUUCAACAACGUAGACCUAAGUCAAUUAGUGGUCCAAUUGUUCCUCCUCCUGGAGUGGCUUUCUACUCAAACUAUUCACCUUCUGUUCAACAACUUAGACAAGGUUUUGUUGUGAGGAACUUAAUGGUUAGUUCACCUUUUUCAACUGGUGUUUUAGCACCUGUUGCUGUUUCUGUUCACCAUUAUGAUGAUGAUGACCCACAUGGUACGGUUUAUGGUUAUGACAUUGAUCAUGGAAUGCAAUAUUCUAAUUCUGUGCUCAACCAGAGUGGUGUAAGGGAUUCAUCAAUGUCCACUGAACCUGAUUUGCUAUGUGACCCUUCAUCUCCAACCUCUCAAGAUGAGGAACAUGAUGGAAUGAAUAAUGAGGAAACUGAGAUGUCUCUAGUUCCAAGAUGUGAUAAAGGUACUCAAAUGAGCCCUACAGAAACAGAGAAUGAUGCACAUUCAUCUCCAAAAUCUUCUGCCACUUCAGCCAUAGAUCAAGAAUAUUGUCAUUAUCCUAAACUAGAAGUCAGAGAUGUGGAGGUUGACAGUCAAGCUACUGUUACCAGGGGAUCCAAGAGACAUGUGGCCAGAUUGACCAAAAGUCACUCACUGCAUAGAACAGAAAUGAGAGAGAAUGGUGUUGAUGCCCCAGUUUCAUGUUGGGAUAUUGAAGAGUCAACCUUGGACACUUCCAAGUUACAGAGAGAGGAAGCCAAAAUCAUUGCUUGGGAGAAUUUGCAGAAAGCAAAAGCCGAAGCUGCGGUACGAAAACUCGAGAUGAAAUUGGAGAAGAAGAGAUCCUCAACAAUGGAUAAGAUUGUUAAAAAACUGAGAAGGGCACAGUUGAAAGCAGAAAGUAUGAGAAGCAUAACACCUGUACAACAGGAGCAUCAAGCAUCCAAGAUUUGCAAAGUAUUUUCAUUCCCCAAGUAUCCCCAGAUAAGGUCUCUAAGCAGCUGCUUCAGCGGCCAUUCAUAGUGAUUGAUCCCAUGUACAUGCCCUGAAGUCAUAGGUUUUGACCAGGUUAAAAAAGAACAUUCUGCAUCGUCUUAAUGCCCUUUGAUGCAGUUGGCAUGGCAUGUGUUAGAAAGCUCAACACUACAUCAUUCUUUGUACCUAGUUAUGUGUUUUAUGUAUAUAUAAAAACAGUGAUUUAUGUCGACGAACAUUCUUCUUUAAA